AUGAAGUUCUUACCAAUAACAGCGACGGCUCUGGCAGGAGUCUCGAUUGCCUUAUCAUUCUCAAUACGAUCUACGCCCCACUCCCAAGGAGCUGUCUCACGCCGUGAGCCAGACCCAGAACUGCUCCCUGCGCCACUGAAUGAACGCUUCGAUGAAGACCUUCCAAACUAUCUUGAAAAGAGAAGAGGUGGUGGGGGGUCGAGUGGUGGCGGACAUUCAUCAUCAUCAGGCUCGUCGGGUUCGUCCUCAGGGAGCUCUGGUAGCUCCUCUGGGUCAUCAGGAGGAGCCAAAUCUGGGAGCAGCGGUAGCAGUAGUAGCGCAAGUGGCUCUCGUGGGACCACCAGCUCUUCCUCCUCGGUGAGUCCCUCGUACGGUGGCGGCAGGUACUAUGCUGGCGGUGCCACAUCAUCGUACAGGUCUGGAGGAAGAUCACCAGGCGGUAUCCUACCCUUCGCUUUGGCCGGAGCAGCGCUCGGAUUCUUCCCUGGUCUCUGGCUCUACGGAGCAUAUGAAUACCCCUACAGCCAUGACUACAAUUUCCACAACCGCACCAACUCUUCGGAGCCCCAAGGUCAGAACGAGACCCUUCCUGUUACUUGCCUGUGCCAGAUGUACAGCGCCUGCGGAUGUGACAAUAACUCAAACACGACCUAUUUGGAUUCGCUCGUGGGAAACGGGAGCGCUGCGGAUGAAAACAGCACACUGAUUCACGUUGGGAAUGUAAAUGGCACCAAAACACUGAUCAUCAAUGGAACUCUUCCGAACGGCACGAACGGCACGGAUGACACCAGUUCGUCUUCCACAACCAGUGGUGCUGCAAGGCGAAAUCUGCUUGAGUACUCGGGUUUCUGGCUCGUUGGUGUUAUUGUGGGAGCUACUGUCUGGCUGCUAUGA